AUAUAAGGGAGCAGGAGAGAGGACAAGAACACCUGCUCACUUGAACAAACAGAGACAGAGAGCUGAAUGCAAAGAUGCUGAAACUUAAGUGUGUGUUUGUUGCCCUGGUCUUGUGUUUAAAAGGUUCCCAUUCUCAGCUCAGUGAAUGUGGAACUGCACCUUUUAACACCCGUAUUGUGGGUGGACAGAGUAGCUCAGCUGGGGCAUGGCCGUGGCAAGUCAGUAUACAGAGCCCUGUGUAUAACGGGCAUUUCUGUGGAGGAUCACUGAUCAACAAAGACUGGGUUCUGACAGCAGCCCACUGUUUCUCCAGCGCUAGCAUGUCUAGCCUGACUGUGUAUUUGGGAAAACAGACUUUAAAAGGCUUUAAUCCCAAUCAAAUUGCAAGAAGUAUUAAAAAGGUGAUCAUUCACCCCAGCUACAACAGUGCAACUCAGGACAACGACAUUGCCCUUCUGCUUCUGAACUCCUCCGUCACCUUCACAAACUACAUCAGACCAGUGUGCCUUGCAGGUCAAGGCAGCAGUUUUCCAGCUGGCACCAAGGGCUGGAUUACAGGCUGGGGAAGCAUCGCAUCUGGAGUGCAACUGCCAUCUCCUGGUGUGCUGCAGGAGGCAGUGGUGCCCACUGUCAAUAGCUUUAUUUGUGAUUAUCUACUGGGAUAUGGAUCUAUUACCACAAACAUGAUCUGUGCUGGGUAUCUCCAAGGAGGCACAGACACCUGUCAGGGGGAUUCUGGAGGUCCAAUGGUGGCUAAGAAGGGUGCAGUCUGGAUUCAGACUGGUAUCACUAGCUGGGGUGAAGGCUGUGCUCGAGCCUUCUCACCUGGUGUCUAUACUCUGGUGUCUCAGUUCCAGACCUGGAUAUCCAGUGUCAUCAAUCAAAAUCUUCCUGGCUUUAUCAAAUACUAACACAAUGGAACAACCGGUGUAUGUACUGAUGCUUCAGGCAGAUAGGAAGCAUGUUAAUUUAUUAUGUUAUAUACAAUGUAUAAAUAUUAAUUAUAGAUGUCUACAUUUAUUUAUUUUUUUACAGAAUUGAAUAUAAUAAAUUGUCAAGACAUGACAUUGUAAUAUAAGAUUGGUUUUAAUAAUAAUAUAUGUUGUGAUGGUACUACUGUACAUGUACAGGGUAUUACGUAUUUUUUAAUGUAUGUUAUGAUGUUUAAUGUUUCAUUUACUGUUUAUACAAUUAAAGAGAAUUUACCAGUGUAAACA